ACUACCACCACCACCACGCCCGCGCUAAAUGCCUCCCACGCGCCCGCCCGCCCGCACAAAGUUUGCCACAACACCGUGGCGGAGAAAUUAAUGCGAGAUGUGAAGAUCCUUUGCCUAGUUGUCACCUUCCCAGCGCACCAUGUCACGCACGCCCUGCCCGUUCACCGCACAUGGGGGAAGCGGUGUACACAAACGAUAUUUAUCACGAAUACAGAUACGGAGAGGCAAGGAAAGGGUGAAAAGGGGAAGAAAAGGGUGGAUAUUGACAAGGGUGUGGUGUUGCAGCCCGAAGAUGUGAGUGAGCUGUUCUUUAUGAGAGUUCCUGACACUUCGCAAGGAAGGGAUGGGCUCUGGAAUAAAACAAAGUUCGCCUUCACCUAUGCCCACGAAUUCUAUAUAAACGACUUCGACUGGUUCGUGAAGGCUGAUGAUGACACUUACUUCAUCAUGGAGAACCUUCGUUACUGGCUCCAUGACAAGGAUCAAGACGAGAAGCUGUUUUACGGGCUCAGUACACGCCACAUAUACCCAAGGUUUCUGAGCGGCGGGGCUGGCUAUGUGUUAAGCCGAGGAGCGCUGAGGGAGUUUCAAAAAGUCACGUCCACCACCAACGCCACCGGUUACUUCGAAGAGGACCUGCAGAUGGCGUCAGUUCUGGCAGCUGGCGGAGUGUUCCCGGGCGACCUGAGGGACAGAGAUGGCCGCCCUUUGUUCUUCCCGCUGGAUCCCGCCUAUUUGAUGGAGCCCAGAGAGAAAGACCACAGCUUUUGGUACUGGCAGAUGUUAGCGCAUGACCACCCAACGGGUGUGACGUGCUGCAGCUCCCACGCCAUCUCCUUCCACUACAUCACUGGCGCCAUUCUGUACCAGCUGGAGUUUUUCAUCUACCAUUUAAAACUGUUUGGCGUGGGCGAGAGGACCGGGGUGUGCUGAGAGAGAGAGAGAGAGAGAAAGAGAGUGUGUGUGUGUGUGUGUGUGUGUGUGUGUGUGUUAACGAGCCUAAAGAAGGUUAUGCUAGGAGGAUGAAGAGAAUAGAAUGAGAAGAGCAGAUAUGAAUGUUUGAGAGAGAAAAAGAGGAAGAGGAGGAGGAGGAAGAGGAGGAAGAGGAGGAGGAGGAGAAAGAGAAAGUAAUGUUUUGUCAUGCACAUAUUCUAUUAUUUCUUCAUUUUUUUCGUUAUUUUAUUUUACUUUUUCUCUCUCCUUUCAAUCCACCUAUCCCGUCCUCCCCCGGCAGCCUCUCUCUCUCUCUCUCUCUCUCUCUCUCUCUCUCUCUCUCUCUCUCUCUCAUUGACCUCCGCUGACCUCCUGUAUAGCUGCGAGGUCAGGGAGGCUCCGGGAUGUGUGUGUGUGUGUGUGUGUGUGUGUGUGUGAGGCUAUAUUGAGAAAGCUGCCUGUCUCCUAUUCGAAAAACGUUUUGCUCUCUCGCCACUAUUUUCCAAGGCCACAGAGAUGAUUAGCGGGGUUUUCAAGAGUUUCUCCAGUUGAUAAUGUAGAAAUCUUGUCACUCUGCCUCUAGAAACGUAAAAAUACCUUAGGAAACUCGUGGAAAAUUAAAUAAAGCCUUUUGAAAUAGUGGAGGUGAUGGAGCUGAUGGCGGGAAACAAAACAUUCACGAGUCUAAAGUAAAUGAGAAAAAUAAAGUAAAAGAACAUAGAUAUAUUGAAAUUAUUAUUAUUAUUAUUAUUAUUAGUGAUUCAAGGAUGACUGACGUAAAAAUAACUGUCCUAUCGGUUUGUUUUCUUCCUGUCUUGCUGAUGUGCGCGUCCUCAGUCAGUGUGUGUGUGUGUGUGUGUGUGUAGCUUUCGUCAAGGCUGCUUGGAAGGUCACAGGGAAAGGCGAGGUACUUACUGUGACCUUCCCUCUUUAUUUGAGUGUUAAGUCUUUUCUUGUGACGUCUUUUUAAUUAUUACUCGUGUGUGUGUGUGUGUGUGUGUGUGUGUGUGUGUGUGUGUGUGUGUGUGUGUGUGUGUGUGUGUGUGUGUCGUAAAACUUGUAUGUUGUUACAAUAAAGAAUAAGAGAUGAAUAUAUUGUCAUUACCAUUACGACUACUACUACUACUACUACCGCUACCAUCAAUACCACCUACUAAUACUAUCACUACCACUACCACCCUUAGCACUACUAC